AUGCUCAUAAAAAUGUUGUGCAUUAUUUGGACAUUAAUGAACUUAAUUGUUACUAGGGGGUAUGAUGAUUUAUCAACAAAUAAGGUCGCACAGCAAUACAAAACAUUCAGUGGUUGCCAUCUAAAGUCGUGUGAUGCUAAUAACGCUGUUGAUAGAGACAUACAAACCUGUGCCAGGAUGGACGAUAUUGGAACUACUGCGACCUAUAGAAGUAUCUGGUGGUAUGUAGAUCUCGGAAGUACAUACAAUGUAGUUAAUAUCAGGAUACAGUUCAAGGACUAUGAAGGGUAUACCAUGAGACAGAGAGGUCGUUUUGCCGGGUUUUCCUUGUAUGUGUCCAACACAACUAAUCAACAUAUGGGACACCUGUGUUACAAGGACGGACCUCAGUUACCUCCCCUAGAUUUCAACACAAACUGUAUAACAUAUGGACGUUAUGUUAUCUUUUACAAUGAAAGACUACUUGGAACAACCUAUCCUUAUGAUUAUGAAGUAUCGUCAGUUUUUACAGAGCUGUGUGAAGUGACAGUUACAGGUUGUUCCUCUUCUGAUGUUUAUGGAGAAAACUGUAAUAAAGUCUGUCCAGACAACUGUCAGGGACGUAGAUGUGAUAUCAUUAAUGGGACCUGUUUAAGCUGCACACCUGGCUGGUUAGGAGAACACUGUGACAAAGCAUGCCCUGCCGGACAUUAUGGUCUACAGUGUGAAUCAAAGUGUGUUGGACAUUGUAAAGACAGCGUCGGUUGUAAUCACACGAGUGGUUUGUGUGACAACGGAUGUGAUGAUGGUUGGACUGGAUCAAACUGUACCGAAGAAUGCCCUUUAGGGAAUCAUGGACCAGACUGUGUGUGUAAAUGUAGUGGGAGGUGUUUAGGUGACGUUGCAUGUAACAGAAAAACCGGAAAGUGUGACACUGGCUGCGAUAUUGGUUACACUGGAGAAUUGUGUGAAACAGGUUGUGAAAUCGGAAGGUUUGGUAAAGGUUGCAGCAACCAGUGCAGUGGGCACUGUCUCAAUAACGUUCCUUGCAAUUCAACCACUGGGCACUGUGAUAGUGGGUGUGCUCCAGGAUUUCAAGAACCUUUUUGCAACAAUAGUAUGUGUGUUAUCAAUUUCUUAUAA